AAGGCUAAUUUAACCACUAAUUCGACCAUUGACACCCUUUUAAUCUUCUCCAACAUAGACUAUUCACUUCACUUAUCUAAUAUGGCGCUGUGGUUACUUAUCCUCUUAGGGAUGUCUGUUCUUUUAGUCACAGAAGGAGCUCUGGUUAACGAGUCCAUCUCCUAUAAUAUCAGCCUAGGUUCAAAACUGACCACAGACACAAACUCAUCAUGGCUCUCACCUUCAGGACUCUUUGCAUUUGGUUUUUACCAGGAAGGUGAUGGUUAUUUUGUAGGGAUAUGGCUGACGAGCAAACCGAAAAUCACUGUUGUUUGGACUGCAAAUCGUGACGACCCACCUGUCUCUUCAAACAGUACCAUUGAGCUCACUGAAGAUGGUUGGUUUCUUCUGCACUCUGUUUAUGGUAAGAAAAACAUAGCAGAGCAAGAGGAUGCGGUAACCUCAGCUUCUAUGUUUGAUUCUGGUAAUUUUGUACUCUAUAAUCACUCUGAAGUCAUAUGGAAAAGCUUUGAUUACCCUUGUGAUACAAUAUUAGGAGGCCAAAAACUUACUUCUGAAGCGCAACUCGUCUCUAGUGUAUCUGAUUCCCAACACUCGAGUGGACGUUUUGUACUGUCCAUGCAGUCUGAUGGGAAUCUUGUUGCUUACCCUGAAAACAGUUCUAAGUGGGACUCUGAUUCAUACUGGUCGACUGGAACGUUUGAUUCCCCUUAUCGGUCAUUAGUUCUCAAUCUUGAUGGCUCUCUCUACUUAGAUUCGAUUUUCAAUUCGUCGACAAAGAUGGUCUUUAAUCAAACUAUGAGCUCAUGGUCGAGAAUGAAAGUGACAAUAGUCUUUCGUGCCACUCUCAGUCCACUUGGUAACUUUGUUAUGUAUUCCCACAGAUUCACAAAUCCCUCUAGUAACUUGUCUGGGAGUAUGGAAUGGGAGGCGUUACAGGACCCAUGUAAGGCUAGAGGUAUUUGUGGUGUUAAUAGCUACUGUUUUACCACUGAUGGCAACGCCGAGUGUCAUUGCUUUCCUGGCUUCUUAUUUUUAAAAAAUUCAAGAGAUGGGAAGUUCCUUGGCUGUUACAGAAAUUUCACAGACGAAGAAGCCUGCAGUCAAAGAGGGCUAGAACUUUCCUACGAUAUUACUGCUCUGGAUCAUAUGGAGGUUGGAAUCUAUCCUUACUCUGUGAUGAAUCUUAGCAAGGAAGGUUGUAGUAAAUCUUGUCUUGAUGAUUGCAAUUGCUGGGUAGGCCUUUAUCUAAAUGGCAGUUGCAAAAUGCUCAAGGUUCCAAUCAUUUACGCAGUGUAUAAUAAAAACUACUCAGUGAUGGCACUUGCCAGUUUCCUUUUCUACAGAGUGCAUGCACAUAGUCAUAGAUAUGGAAUUAUAUCAGACAAUGUUGAUUUUGGGUUGAGUAGUGAUCACUUUACUCUGCGAUCAUUCUCAUUCGACGAGCUUCAGAAAGCCACAGAUGGUUUUAAAGAAGUGAUAGGAACAAACUCUUACGGGGAAGUCUACCGAGGGUUUAUUUCUGAGGGCAAGAAGGCAGUAGCUGUCAAGAAACUGCGUAGGGCAUUUGAAGGAGAAGGAGGGUUCCGAGCAGAAAUUACUGCUAUUGCACAAACUCAUCACCGGAACUUGGUCCGUUUACUUGGUUUCUGUAUAAAUGGAGUGACAAAGUUACUUGUGUACGAAUUUAUGAGCAAUGGCUCACUGGCAGAUCUUUUCAACUCCAAAACACCACCCGGCUGGAAAGAACGUGUCAGAGUGGCACUGGAUGUAGCAAGAGGAAUCUUGUAUCUUCACGAAGAGUGUGAAACUCGUAUAAUACACUGCAAUAUAGAGCCUCAUAAUAUUCUUUUUGACGAGUCUUGGACUGCUAAGAUAUCUGAUUUUGGUCUAUCAAAGCUCUUGAGUCCAAAUCAGAGUGGAACCCUCACCGGUGUUAGAGGAACAAGGGGGUAUCUGGCACCUGAAUGGCACAAAAACACCUUAAUAUCCACUAAAGUGGAUAUUUACAGCUUUGGGGUUGUACUGCUGGAGAUAUUGUGUUGCAGAGGUGAUAUGGAAAUUGACAUUUCCUGUGACGACAAAAUGCCUUUUACUACUUUGGCUUACAGUUGCUUUGUAGCCAACGAGUUAACUAGGCUGAUUGGAGAUGAACAGGUAGAUAUCGACAUGUUUGAAAAAAUGUUGAAUGUUGGACUUCUGUGCAUUCAAGGUGAUCCAGAUGCAAGGCCUUCCAUCAAAGGUGUUAUAUUGAUGUUAGAAGGAACAGCUGAUAUACCAACCCCUCAAUCACCAAUCCUUCUUUGAUUUAGCUCAAUUGUUACUUUUUUAAUAUUUUUUUUAUGUGAAUGAUAGCUUGUCUAAAUCAGAAAAACCAUAUCCUAUCCUAUUAUAAAUUUAUAAUGUAUAUAUUGAAUUGAAUAGAUAUCAGUGAAUUUAUAGUUAUGAAUCAGAGAAACCAAAUUCUUGUCCCAA